AUGUGUGUGACAAAGAAGUAAUUUUAAUCGAAUGGUGAUCAGAAAAUUAAAUAAAAUUUCACAGAAACAAGAGCAGGAACGAUGACAGCGAGGUUGGUAGCUGCGCUGAGAAGCUUCCGAAAACUGGUGAUUUUUAGGAUUAUUUAUCAGAAAUUCAAAGCAAAAAAACGCUUCGGUUUAAUGAGAAACAAGUAAAAAUAAUAUGUAGAUUCAGUGAAUUGAUUUAAGUUCAGCCAUCAAUAUUUUUUUAGGAGUACGGCGCUCCAAAUUGUAUUUUCUCAGAUAUUCAUGAUUUUAGCUUUCAAAUUUCCACAGAUAAAGAGACAUACCAAUCGAACAAGGAAAAUGAGGCCUCUACUCCAAGAGGAACGACACCGGUGAUCGGGGAUAGUAUGAAAGUUGCGAAAAGCUCUGAAAAGUCUAAAGAAAAGGUCUCCUUCAUUAUUUUUCUGAGAGAAAGAAAAAAAAAAUUAAGGUUCUGAAAUGGAUUCAUCGAACUCUUGAAAUGGGUGUGGAUGGCUUGGUGGCCGAGUUUCAGAAAAUCCCCAAAGUUGAUCCUAAGAGCUUCUCGACCAAGGCAUUUAGUGAAAACAAGGAAAAAAAUCGGUGAGGAAGAAACCAACGACGUUUCUCAGUGGAAAAUGCUAUGAUUUUUUUCUCAUUAAUAUUUUUCCACUUCAGUUUUUUUGAGUCAUCAAGAUUGAUUUUAUAUCAACAAGCUUUUUCAUUGAAAAGAAAAAAACGAAAGAAGGAAGAGUAAAAAAAUAUGAACGGGGAUAAUCAACUACUGUGUCUCGAUCAAGUGCAAGUUAACUCUCUGCACACAAAACUCUCUUCACGACAUCAAGAUUUUUUUUCCAGCUCCACUAUUUUUUUCGAUUUUUUUUAUUUCCCCACCUUUUCCCUCGUUUUUUUUUUGUUUUAUUUUACAAAAUCAAUGUUUUGUGUUAUCGUUCUAAAUUUUCGAAUGAAGAUUUUUCUUGAAGUUUGCUCUAAUUAUUCAGAUACCAAGACGUUCCCUGCCAGGACAACGAUCGGGUUGUUCUCACUUUUCCAGGCGUUUCCACAGACUACAUCCACGCCAACUAUGUGGGAACGGCCAUUGACAAGCGUCGGUUCAUUUGCACACAGGUUUUUCUUGGAGAUUCAAUUUUCAUGAGGCUAAUGUAUAUAAUAUUCAGGGUCCUCUUGAAAAAACGCUCUUCGACUUUUGGGCGAUGGUUAUCCAGGAAAAGUGCGAAACCAUUAUCAUGUUGUGCAACUUUUGUGAGCAGGUCUUGUCUAUCCUCAGCUCAAACCUUUUAAUUUUUGAUUUUUUUCAGGAUAAAAUAAAGUGCGAGCCGUAUUGGCCGUCGGAGAAGAACGAGGAGCCUAAAAAGCAAGUGAUGAAGUUUGGCACCGCGCCAAAUGAGAUCACCGUUUCGAGUCCGGAUGUAAAUAUUCCGUAUUAGUUGCAGAGCUAUUUCAAUAUUUAAAAAAAAAAUCAAAAUUUCUUAGUUUUUUGGAUUGGUUGGAAAUAUUGUAGUUUCUUGGCUUAUUCUGUGAUUUUUUCAAAUUGAAUUGAUGGAGCGUUUGAAAUGUUUCUGGCUACUCAGGAAUUCCAAAGUGGUCCCUAUAAUGGUUAGGGAGGAAAAAAAUCUCUAUAGGGGACGAAAAAGUGUUACCUGUAGGGCUACAUAUGGGUCUUUCGAUUUCGUUCAAAAAAACUUGUUUUUCAUUUUUUCUCUUGAAAACGCUUAGACUUCCUCUUCAUCUAGAGUUCAUAACGAUUAUCGACUAGCAUGUCCCCUAUAGAGGCAACUAACGGAAACCUCUAUAGGGACCAUUUUUGCAGGCUUUAGUGGCCCCCCUAUGGGUUGGUAAAAGGGUUCGUAGAUAGGGACCGCUCUGGAGUUCCUAAGUAAUCAGUAGAUUUCUUUCAAAGACUUUGAAAAAAAUUUUUUUUUGGACCUUUCUCUAUUUUUCUUCAAAAAUUCUUUUUUUGGAACUUGUUUGAAAAAUUUCGGAUGGAAUUUCAAUACUGUGAUGGCUUUUUAUGGUCAUUUGAAGUUUUUUUGAGAAAAAGAAAUUCGGGUUGAUUCUUGUUUAGUGGAAAAAAACAACCUUUUGAAUUGUUAAGAAAAUUCCUAAGAAAUGGCAAAUUGUUGGCCAGAGGCUUUAAAAGUCUUUAAAAUGAGCAAAAUUACCUGUUUACUUUUCAAGAAACCGUAUCGGAUGAAAGAGGACGCCGGCAUCAACAUAACGGUCCUAAAAGUGGAGUGGGUGGAGGGCGGAGAUCUGAAAUCGCGCCAAGUUCGGCACUAUCAAUGGGAAAGCUGGCCGGAUCGUGGGGUUCCUCAGAACAAACUCACGCCAACCGUAAAAAGGACACCUUUGUUGCGUUUCGAAACAUUUUGAGGCGUUUAGGAACUGUUGUCGUACGUUCGGGGCAACCCGAAUCCGAUCGUCGUCCACUGCUCGGCCGGCAUCGGAAGAACCGGAACGAUUGUCGCGAUCGCCUACGUUCAGGAGAGAAUGCAGGCUGGGGUCAGUAGAAGGAAAAGAUUAGAAAAUGAACUAGAUUUUGUUUUAAAAAAAUGAUUUCAAAUUUUUUUCAAUUAACAGGGUUGCCUAUAGGGGGCUUGAGUUUAGGCGCUGCCAAAACAGAACCCCCCCCCCCCCUUCAGGCGCGAGUUGUAUGCAUAGAUUAUUACAAGGAGGUCACUUUGUGGUUUAAAUUGCCUGAUAUUUGGCCAGAGCGACGCUCCUUGAUGCACCAGCUCAUUUUUAACGAAACCACAAACCCCAAAACAGUUCAUUAGAACGGGUUUUCUUUGUCUUUGAGGUGACCUUGUUCAAAAAAAAGAUGUUUUGCAGCUUCUGAAGUUUUAUGAACAAUUUUACCGGCCACAAGGUGAAACUACCUCCCAGGAUCUAUGCCUAGAUUUCGUGCCAUGAUACUUCUUCUGAAAAAAAAGCUUCCUUGUACUAGGGGUACCAUUUAGAACUCUUGAGUGGCCACUAAUUUCCGUUCUAGUGGACAAUAUAGAGAUUCUCUAUUUAGUGGCCCUUCAGUAGUUUUCCAUCCAGUAUUUCUCCCAGAAACUCUGAUAAUUUUAAAACAAACAUGUUGGAUUAGUUAUGUUGAUCCACUGACCCCUUAAGUGGCACUUAGAUCUCUAUUGUGGCCACUAAUUUUUAACCCCUCAAGUGGCCACUAAUUUGACGAUUAUAGUGGUCACUAAAACGUCAAAUCCCUAUAGUGGCCACUGAAAAUUUUCCCAGUAGGAUCUAUAUUUUGGCAGCGCCUAACAUUGCAUCCCUCCGCGCUCAAGUCGUCUUGGGUCGGGCGCUCACAAAUUCGUUCCCUGUGCGAACAUGAUCCUAUAAGCUAGAGCGAAUGGUGUUGAUUCUGUUUGAUAUGAUUAUCUAAUUUUUCCAAUGGAAAAAGGUUUUUCUACAGAAAGACUGCAUGGAGAUGGUUGAAUUGGUGCUGGAACUUCGCCGCCAUCGACCCUAUUCGAUUCAAAACGAUAUGGUGCUUGAAAAAUUGGGAAAAGUCGGAGUAAUCUACGGUUUUGAGCAAUAUCUCUACCUCCACCGCGUACUUCUCGCCUACUUUUUGGAGAAACACCAGGACAAGUUGAAAUUGCCGGCUGAAAGCAGGGCGAAAUUCGACGAGUGGGUCGCCCGCUACGACACCCUUACCAAAGGAUAA